AUGGCAGAUUAUUACAGCCAAGAUUACGGGGCGUCGAUGGACUACAAUAACAUGGAGACCGGUUAUGGAUCUGUUGCUCAGUCUACCGCAAUAGGAAAUGGGGAGUAUGGACAAUUUUCGUACGAUCACAUACGGGACGAAGAUGACUAUCAAACAAUUUCCCGCCCUGAAAGAAGAGUAUCAUCUCCACAGUCUAAACAUGACUCUGGGAAUAACGACCGAAUUCGCGGUAAAAAGCGUGAAAGGAGAAAAUCUCGCAGUCGUAGUCGUGAUCGCAGACGUCAUAGUCGAGAUCGACAUCGAGAUCACAGCAGAGAACGUAAAUCCAGGAGGCAUCAUUCACGUCACCGAUCAGCUUCUAGCCCUACGUUGGUUUAUAAGUAUUGGGAUGUCCCACCUCCUGGGUUUGAGCACGUCACUCCUGCUCAGUACAAAGCCCUCCAAGCUUCUGGUCAAAUACCUGUAAACGUAUAUGCUGCAGGUCAAGUACCAAUGCCGGUUCAUGCACCGAAUGCGCCUUUAACACUUACGACUAAUGUCCCAUUUGCUGGAAGUGCUGUUUGCAGACAAGCCCGCCGGUUGUACGUCGGUAACAUACCGUUCACUGCAACAGAGGAAAAUAUGAUGGAGUUUUUCAACAAGCAGAUGCGUGCUCAAGGUUUGAUUCAAGCAGAAGGCAACCCUAUUAUUGCAGUGCAAAUAAACAUGGAGAAAAAUUUCGCCUUCUUGGAAUUUCGUUCAGUAGAUGAAACAACUCAAGGUCUUGCUUUAGAUGGUGUUUUGUUCCAAAAUCAAGCAUUAAAACUUCGCCGACCGCGCGAUUAUGCUCCCUUGCCUGGUGUCUCAGAGCAACCAUCGGUUAUCGUUCCGGGUGUGGUUAGUACGGUCGUGCAGGAUUCUCCCCAUAAGAUAUUCGUCGGUGGUCUUCCAAACUACUUGAACGAAGAUCAAGUGAAGGAAUUACUUCUAAGCUUCGGCCCUUUAAAAGGGUUCAAUCUUGUCAAAGACGGUUCUACCGGUUUAUCUAAAGGUUAUGCUUUCUGCGAAUAUGUUGACGCGAAUGUUACAGAUCAUGCCUGUGCUGGUUUAAAUGGCAUGCAGUUAGGUGAUAAAAAACUCAUUGUACAGCGUGCCAGCGUUGGAGCAAAGCACACGACUGGUGUUAUUCCCCAAACUAUGCUAUCGCUACCAGGUUUGGAAGAUGGUACCGUCCAAAAUACAACCGGUUCAGGAAACAUAACAAUUCGCAGUGGUGGGCCACCUACUGAGGUUCUUUGUUUAAUGAAUAUGAUCGAGACCUCAGAGCUAGAAGAUGAUGACGAAUAUGAAGAUAUAGUUGAGGAUGUUCGUGCUGAAUGCAGUAAAUAUGGUGUCGUUCGCAGUCUGGAAAUACCUCGACCAAUUCCUGGAGUUGAUGUUCCAGGAGUAGGAAAAAUAUAUGUCGAAUUUGCCAGCUUAAUCGACUGUCAGAAAGCUGCAACGGCGUUAACGGGUAGAAAAUUCAACCAGCGACUCGUGGUGACGUCUUUCUUCAGUCCUGAUAAUUACCACCGCAGGGAGUUUUAA